AGCUGUAGGCGGACAGUGAUGAAAUUCUAUUAUCACUCAAGCACUGAAAGAGUCGCAGGCAAGACGCAAGAGUUUGAGCUCGGACCUGUUUUCAUUUCAAGACAAACUCACUUCAUUUCACAACGUGUUGAUUGUCUUUGGGUAUUUAUAGGCAGCUUUUGUCAUAGUUUUAGUCAGUCUCCUCUAGUUUUUUUGGACUUAUGUGUCCAUAAACAACCGCGUAAAAGUAAUCAUUUAAGUUCGGCGCGCACUGAAAGUCAGUGGAUUUCAUUUCAAGUCACUCGUUAGUUUACGGUGAUACGUCAGUAUCACCUCUAAUCUCUUUGGUCAGCUAUGUACAGCAUGCUGGAACAUGACAUGAAGUCGUCCGUGCCACAGACGCACCAAAGCGGGCAGGGAAUGACCCAGCUGAACGGUGGAGUAAAUCACGGGGUGACCCACGGAGUCACCAAGCCUGCUGUCAACAACCAACAACAGGGUGUCGAUCCCAUGGACAAGGUUAAGCGGCCUAUGAACGCUUUUAUGGUCUGGUCUCGAGGUCAGAGGCGCAAGAUGGCACAGGAGAACCCCAAAAUGCACAACUCUGAAAUCAGUAAGCGUCUGGGCGCGGAAUGGAAGCUGCUUACCGACGCGGAGAAACGGCCCUUUAUCGACGAGGCCAAGAGACUUCGUGCCCUGCACAUGAAGGAGUACCCAGAUUACAAAUACAAGCCCCGUCGCAAGACGAAACCGGUUCUGAAGAAGGACAACCCGGCCGCUAAGUAUCCACUAUCAGCCGGCAACCUGUUGGCGGCGGCCGCUGCGCAAGGAUCGGGAGGCAGCCCGCGGAUGGAUAGCUACGGCUGGGGUCACACAGGUGGAUACGCUGGCAUGCAGACUGAUGCCCUAGGUUACAGUCAGCAGCUGCACCGCUAUGAUUUGUCUGCUCUGCAGUAUCCAUCCGCCAUGGCCACGGCGCAAACUUACAUGAAUGGCGCAAACUCCUACAACCCCAUGUCCUACAGCAGCACUCCACAGCAGCCCAGUCCGGUCAUGUCCAUGGUGAAACCAGACCAAGUGUCCCACUCUCCGACCGGAGCCCACCAGCGGGGUCCUUUACAAGGCGACCUAAGGGACAUGAUUAGCAUGUAUAUCCCUGGAGGGGACACCACAGAGAAUGGAGCACAGAGAGGUUACUCCAACAUCCAACAGCAUUACCUCACUGGUACAGCACCUCUCACUCACAUCUGAUCAAGAAACUGUCCUGUAUUUAGUCUGGAGGCUUGUGGGCUCACACGACUCGAUGUGCUGUAGUAAAUGCUUGAACAUUAACUUGAUAUGUAUAAAGGAUGAGGGUGUGUGGACACACGGUCGAACUGGAAGACCCAAGGCAGCUGGACUUGUCGAAGUGCCUGAAUAUUGUGUGGAGUGUGUGUGUGUGUUUGUGUGUCAUCCUAUGAUGUCAUUGCAUUUUUCUAAGGUCCAUGUGUUUGUUUUCUAUAUAACGUUUAGAUGGUCUUAACUGUGGCCUGGUGCACUAUUGUGGAACUGCGCAUAUAGUUGAGUAAAAACAUGGCACACUUUUUUCCUCUAACUGACUGGUCAUUGGUUUUAGCUCAUAACCAACGACUGGUUGACAAUUGCUUAUUUGCAUAGUUAAAACCUUAUGCCAGCUAGUUAAUAUCUCACCGAUUACUGACUUCAAAGGCAUGACUGUAAACAAUGAAAAAGGGAAGAAACCGAGCACACAUUCCCUUGGUCGCUGCUUCUAAACACCUCAAAACAAAUCAUCCAGAUUUUACUUUUAAGCUCUCAUACCAUAAAGACUUUGUAACAUUGUGCUGCUCAGCAUUGUUUAGGUAAUGCAAACAUUUUAAAUGCACAACGGUUUAGACAUUCUUGUUUUCUUUCCAACAUUAGUAUAGAUACAAUGUGCCCUGAGCUUCGACAGAUUUUUAAAAAAUGAAAACGAAAUAGAGAUCCUGUUUAGAGGGAUUUGACUGUAUUUUCUCUAUAAAAAAGAACAAUUAAUUCUCAACUCCUGUGAGAAAUAGAGCUUUGUGAAUAGAGGUGUCUUGUAAAAAGUGGGAGAGUCAAAACGUUUUGAAUAUUGUUCAUGAAAAAAUUAUGAGCUUUUAAAAAGACUGUGUUUGACUAAGAAUGUAUUGUUGUGAAAUGUUUCUUUUUCAUUUAAAGCCCUUAUAGUAAGGGUUAAUAAUCUUGUAUGUGACUCAACAACCUUGAUAGAAAAACAACAAAAAAUGUAAUAAAGUAUUUUAUUAUUUUU